UUUCCUUGUCGUCGCAGGGACAUGGAAUAAGAUACAACUCUUUCAAAAUAUUGUUUAUUAGCGCCAUCUAUUCAUGUUCAAAUUAAAUGCGCAUCGAAUAUGGCGACUGCUACAGCGGGAUUAAAGUGGUUAAAUUUACUGGAAAAGGAGUUUGAUAAAGCUUUUGUGGACCUCGAUUUGCUUCUUGGAGCAAUCGACGAAGAUCAGUGCGAAAUCAUGUACGAAGGAAGACAGAAGAUGACAGCACUUAGUGCUGCAUUCGCUCAGUUGUGUCACAAAGCACUAACUGUGUUUGAAAAUAAUGGUAAAUUGGAGGAGGAACUGUCUGAGAUGCGACAGGAGCUCUGUGAAGCCCAAGCUUCACAUGCAGCUGUAGAAAAAGAGCUCCAAAAACUGCUGAUCCAACUUCAUUCUGCACAACUGCAGGUUAGCUCUCAGAUGGGCUAUGCAGGAGACUCCAGUCUUAUUAAACAAAAGCUUGAAAGUGAAAUGGAACAGUAUAGAACAGAUGUCAAGAAAGAAAGCCAGUUAAUAGCUGAAGUCACUCAACUGAAUAAAGAAAACAACAGAUUGCAUCAUUUUAUUUUGGCUUUACAGAGUGAACUUUAUGGAGCUCGAUUAGCAGCAAAGUAUUUAGAUAAAGAGCUAGCUGGAAGAAUUCAACAGAUCCAACUACUGGGUCAAGAUCUUGGAAGAACUGAUCAUAACCAUCUCUGGAAUCAACUUGAGGCUGAAAUUCAUCUCCAUCGCCACAAAACAGUCAUUCGUGCUUGCAGAAGUCAGAUUGGACUUAGUCCAAAACUUCCUGCCCCACCUGAGCAAGCAAGUUUUUGUGAAAGCCAACAUUCAAGACAGGGUAUUGGACAAAUUCGCACUGUCCAUCUCACAAAAGGGGAAAAUGAAGGCCUAGGUAUAUCUAUCACUGGAGGAAGGGAACAUGGUGUUCCAAUCUUAAUUUCUGAAAUUCAUCCUGACCAACCAGCAUCACGCAGUGGUAAUUUGUUUGUUGGAGAUGCUGUUUUAUCUGUUAACAAUAUUGAUUUACGGCAAGCUUGUCAUGAUGAAGCAGUGAAAGUUUUAUCUAGUCAGGAAGGAGAGAUUGCUAUGGAGGUUGUUUUUGUUUCUCCAGAAGAAGCAAGUGAUGAAGAAACUGAAGAUGGAGAAGGUGAAUUUAGGUUCAGAUACCAGUAUUUUGGCCCAGAUAUUUGCAGCCAAACAAGUAGCCAAGAGUUAGAAAAUACUAAUUCUAGUGAGUUGAGUCCUUUUCAUUUCCAAGGCAUAACUCAAGGUGGUGGUGAGUUACCAUGGUUUGAGAAUGUUAAUGUUUCUUCAAAAAAAUUACAACAAAAACAUCAUUCUGGAGCUGCUCAUGUAUCAUCAUUCAGGAAUAUUUAUCGACACGACUUAAGUACCAGGACUAAUCAGAAUGUUGACAACCAAAAACCUGUGCUAUCACCAACAACUUCAGAGACAGAGAAUCUUACUAAACUAAUUUCAAAUAGGCAACAGUCAUGUAAAAAUUCAGAGGAACCAACAGAAUAACAAAGUCACUGUUCAUUGAAGUAUAGCAUUGAAGCUUUUCUGAUAUUAGGAUGUCGUAUUUUCGACUUGUCUCAGCACAUUUAGUAGAAGCAACUCUAAAUGUCAACGUAUUUCUAAAGCUUUGUUCCUGAAACAUAUUUUACAAAAUCUCCAAAUGUUAUGGAUGUUUGUUUAUUUUACAUCUGUGUGAAGCAAAAAAGAGUAAAUCUGAAUUUUUUUUCUCAUCAAAACCUUUGUAUUUAGUUCAAAAUAAUAAUAAAACCAUUUUCCUAGAUUAUUGGUGGUGGUUAUCUUUUACCUAAGUUACAACUACAAUGAAUCAAUAAGUAGGUGUUAUGUUGUUUUAUAUAUAUUUAUAUGGAUGUCAAUGAUCUAGUUACAGAGUAUGACAAAUUAAGUUUAUAUUUUCUUUUUUUCACUCAUUUUUGUUAUUUGAUGUAUUUGACCAUAUCUAAGGAUGAAAGUUUAAUUUGAAUCAUUAUUGGUUGCUUCUAAGUUUAAAAUUCUCUAGAAUGUCAUUUUAAUAUUAUCUGUUUAUUAACUAAUACUAACAAGGCAAGUAUGCAAGUAUAUUGUGAAUUAAAAAACAGAAUCAGUUAGUGAAUGAUAUUAAUUAGAAAGAUAAUUAUUCAAAUUUAGUACUUUCAGAAUGUCAACUUUACGGCAUCGGCUUGGUAUUUUUUAUGCUAGAAUAAUAUUACACUUAUGUAUUUGAUGCCUUCAUUUACAUUUAAAAAGUGUUGUUUUGGGUAAUUUUAUUCUUAUGUUGUGUAUUUUUAAACAGUUAAUUUUUUUGUUGGUCAUCAUAAUUACUUGAAACACUUAACUAUUUUCUUGGGUGCUUUAUUAUUUUUAAGACUUUAAUUAACCAUGUAACUGUAUUGUGUGUAAUGAAUAUUACUGACUUCUUUCUUUAAUCUAAAAGAAUUGGUUUGCUGCAAAUAAUUCUUUUAAAAAUACAGAGACCAAGUUGUGUGUCUAUGAAAAUAUUUUAAAAGUACAAAAAAUAGAGGUUUUUUGGACAGAUUAAUCAACAUUUCCAGUUGUUGAGAUUGUUGUGUUUUUGUAGUUCAUAGUUUUAAUUAUCAGUGCACUGAAGAUGAUGUGUACAUCUUUAUAUAAUAUUUGCAAAUCUAAUGUGUAGAUUUUAAGUUAGUGUAACAUUCAGGUGUAAGUGCUGAUUGGUUGGAUUAUAAUUAUUUUUUUUUGUUGCCAGGAAAUGACACUUUUCUUUUCUAUUAAAGAAUGUAGAAAGGGAAGUUGUGAGAACAACGGUAAUAAAUAUUGUAUUGUGGUUUGUAACAAAUGUAAGUCAGACAAAGAGCUACUGGAUGUUUAUUUAUGCAUUGAGGACCAAAAUAUUUGAGGAUAAUGUUUAUAGUUUUAUAAUGCAGAAUAAAAAAUUAGCUUUUUGCACAAACUGACAACCAGUUUUUCACAAGUUUUUAUUGGUACAGUGAUUUCUUAGCCUUUAUUAUUAUGAGGUAGGGGAGAGUAAAUUUCUUAAUUUUAAUUUUUCAUAGGAUAAUAGUUUACUUCUCAAAAAUGUUAGUAUCUACUUUUAAGUGAUUUGUUACUUAACUAGAUCAUUUAAAGACAAAAGGUCAUAAAAACCAAGAGUUGCUUAAAAUAUACAGUCUUUGUAACAGGUUUUUUCAAACAUUAAAAAUCAAAAAGGCUGAAUAAGAGACUGUAUGACAGAAUUCAAGGAAUGUUGAAAUUUGAUUUCUAUUCAUCUAUUUCUGCUAAUACUGACUAUUAUAUUAUUUAACAAAUAAAGAGUAGGUGAAACAAAUUUCCUUUAACUUUGUAAACAUUCAUCACAGGAUAACAUUUGAUCAUUCAAGUUAAUGGUAUUAAUCUCUACUUUAUUAUUAAUGAAAAUAAAAAUAUGAUUGGCUAUUUGAGUAAGUUACUAGAGCUCAAAAGGUCACAGACUAGUGAGCCUUUUAAAAUAUGUGUAUUUUGUAAUAGUUUUUUUAAUCUACUAAAUUAUAAUAUGGAUGAUUUUACCUGAGAAACAUUCAGAUUUUUAACAAAAAGUUUUUAAAUCACCAAAAGAAAAGUUUGGCAACAACAUCCAGGCUUGUGAGAGGAAACUCGUAUUUUACAUGUAUUUUAUGACUUGGCAUGGCAGUAUGUCUUUUCUUACCAGUGAAUUCUAGUCAAUCUAUUAGGGGGAAAUGUCAUAGAUGUGACAAGAGAAAAUCACAUGUAAUUCAAAAUACUUGGAAGAAUAUUUAAAGUAUAAAAUAUUAACCAAGAAGUAUUUGAAAACACUAAAUAUUUAAAAUACUUGUACAUCAUAGUUUUUACCUCUAAAGAUCAAGUACCUUUUCUUUUUUAACACAUAGAAGUUUAUUUUAGGAGGUAGUUAUAAAAGAACUAUAACAAACACAUAGUAUAUAAAAUUCUUUAGUUGAAGUUGGCGAUUUUAAUAAACAGAAGAAUCUCUAGCAUUUUGUUGGAGAGAAGGUUAUGCUUUAAGGAAAGAAUAAUAGCUCCUAUAAGUAAUGUGGCCUCAAUUCUGGCUGAAGGUGCAGUAGCUGUAUUGAAUUUCUUGGAGAGUUGUGUGAUGUUUUUGAACUUUUUCAAGGUAGUUAACUCUCUUGAUUUAUUUUUGAGAAAACAGGAGGAGGUUUAAAUCAGUAGAGUUUGAUUUAUUUGUUUGAUCAAACUCAAAAUGAAAUGUCCUGGAUUGGGGGUGUCAGAAUCAAACAUUGAUUCAUUCAAGUAUUAGUUUUGAAGUUAUGCAGUGACAAAUUCUUUACAUGCUUCUAUUACUUCAUUAGUGUUGCAUAACCAUUGAAAUUUGAACCAGGGAUGAUUGAUAAUGGCAAGUAAGAGAAUGUGUACUUUGUGCCAUAUACUUUUAUUUUCAGUUUUACUGAAGUUUAUCAGAAAUUUGAGCCAGUGAUCCAGCCCUUCCAAAAUUCUUCCAAAUGUCUGUAAUACACAAAAUCACUUUCCUUUAAAAUACUCUUUUCUUUACAGUAAAAACAAUUGAUAAGAUUAAUCCCAAUGAGCUGUCCUUGGCGUGUAGUGUAUAAAUCAUAUUCUAUGAGGAAGUUAAGUUCUUGAAGUUUAAAUUUUACAACUUAAACAGCCUUGCAGAUGACAUCCAGUUUGCCCUUUAAAGAUAAAGGCUGACUCACAAAAUCAUAAUAGUGUUUCACCACAUUAUUACUGGUUUUAUUGUAUUUUUUCAUACAAAUUUCUUCAAUAGCAUCAUUUACUUUUUGAACUCCUGCUAUCCUUGUUGGAGGCUGUGAUGCACUUAGACAUUGCUGCAUUAUAAUUUCUUUCAUAGCAUACAUCUGGCUUUUAUGGCAUCAGAUGUGGAUCAGAUUAGACACAUGGAAACUGCACCUUCCAAGAGGUGGAAAAAUAGGGAAUUCCAAGAUGAUAUACUCACCUUAUCACACAUUUUAACUAUUUUCCUUACACAUCUGCCAGAGAGACUUGCACACCAUUAGCCUAAGGCAACCCUCACCUAAUUCCAUGUGAAUAAGUUACUGUAUAAUGACAUCAUAAUGCAGUAAAAGCCCUCCACCAUUAGGAGGGCAACACAUCUCCAUGAACAGUAACUCUCGUAUGCAUUUGCACUCAUAGAAAUUUCAUUCUUCACCUCAGAUUUGUAUUGAACAGAAGUGAUUUGUUUUAGAUAGAACUUUACUAUUCGUGAAAUGACCUUAGCCAUUCAACCUCUUUCAGAAUUUCAUUGUUAUGUAUGUUUCUUUCCAUCUCUUUUGUCUAUGUUCUUUUUUUUUUUUCAUUUUCUCACUCAUGAUUCUUGGGUUUAUGUUGUCUUUUCUUCUUUGCUGAUUAUUAGUUUUAUUCUUUCAUAGCUCCUUUCACAUGCCCUAAUGCCUCAUCCCUCUCACAUUUGUGACUCCUUUUGUCCUAAUUUAUAGACUUUUUUCCCUUCCCUGUAAUUGUUAUCUAUCUGGUCAACUUGGGGAUUAAGCCCCUUAUUUUCUGUCUCAUUUUCUAGUUCCUCAUUUUUGUAUUUUCUUCUUUUUCACUUUAUUCUCCUGUUUUCUCUCCCUUAACUCUGUCUGUUAUCUGGGGCACUUCUUUUUGCUUCAUAUGGGCCUUUGUAGGUGUUUCUUCCCUUCUCUGUUUAGUCUGUUCCACUUCUUCUGCUCUAUCCCUCCAUACUUUGUUCCCCUGCUGUCAGGACCCCUUGGAUCAGGUUAUGUUCUUUACUAUACUCAUUUCUUCUUGUGUACUUAUUCAUCUGGCUCCCUUUCUUUGCCCAGAUGCCUUCAGUGGUGUUUCUUUCUCCCUAGUGACCAUGACUAAUGUUAUACAGCUUCUGUCCUCACUAUCUUACCAGCUUUAUUCCUCCUUCUUUGCCUUGCCCUUUACUCCUUUUCCUUGUCUAGAUCAGUCUCCUCCAAACCUUCCCAUUCCUUGUUCCAGGCAUUCUUCUUUUUUUCAUUUUUCCUUUAUCAGUAGUCUUCUCAAGGACUAUCAUUAAUUAAACUCUGUGGGUACCUAUCUCCUCUACUGCUAUUAGUCUCAAUUCCUGCCAACAAUCACUUCUCUUCUGUUUUUGUUUCUCCUCUUUCUGACCCCAUCUAUGGUCUUCUUCACCUGUUCUGUGGUUGGUCAGAGUCAAUGUGUCUGACACCUUCCAACACAUUUCUCUCAGCUCCUCCUUCCUUUGUUUUCUAUGUUUUAUCCACUUUUUUGUGUCUUCCCAUUCCAUGAUCUCUUUGACUCAGUGAUGAUCCCUCUUGCAUUCAUUGGCAUUAUGAGAGCCCUCCCUUGCCAUAUUCAUGGCCUGGGGUUGGCAUUCCUUUCUAGACCUAUUUUCUACUGUUAUUUGUUUUUUGGGAUAUUUUCUCUUUCCAUUCCUCCCUUCUUUUACUGUGGCUACUUGGUUGUAAAGGGGGGGACUUAUUCUGGGAUCUAUGUCCAUUCUCGCCCCCAUUCAAUGUUUUGUACUUUCAGAUGUUUCCUUUCUCUCUUGUCUCAACAGAGUUUAGCUUAUCUUCUUCUUAUGAAAACAAUGGCAUAUCUGGUCACCAGGUUUUACACUUCUCAUUCUCUUCCUGCAUGAGAGGUUCUUUCACUUUUGGAGACUCUGACUAUCAAAAACUGCAAACUUAUUACUACCUUAUAUUCUAAACCAUGUUUUAAAUGUAUUAUUCUACACUUUGACUUGCGUGAUAUACUAAAGAGGAUGUCAUUAUUGGUCAACUUAAAAAAAUUGGAAAAUCUGCAACACCAUGGAUGGUAAAUUGCAAGCCAGGAGGAAACUUCAAAAGCUUCUAUUGUUCAAUGGCUAUCCUUAUAGUUACAUUACUAAGACAUUUCACAAUUUUGACUGGGAAGAUUUUAACACAUGAAAGCAAAAAAUAAACCACUAUAUCAAACGCUAUUUCAUGGGUUAUACCCUUUAUGUAUGAACCUUUAACUACUGCUAUCUGUCAAGUGAUUAGAAGAUCUGGUUUGGAUAUCCACAUCAUACAGGAAUCUGGUAAAAAUCUUAAGGAUAUUCUUCAAUAACAAUGAUCUACUAAAAUCUAAAAAGUGCUUUGCUAAGACCGAUGGUUUAGAGAAAGCUUGCACACUUAAGAACACUGUCUGUGAAAUAACAUUUCAUCUAUAUAUUUAUGUGAAUCUAGCCUCCAAUACAUGAUUGUUUCAAAGAACAUAUUCGUGCCAUUGUCAAUCUUAACAAUAAAGAAGCUACUGCUGAACAUCACUUCAACAUACAUGGCAUAACUAACAAGACACCUUAUUCAAUCAAAAUUUUACAGAUUUGUGCCAACUUUCUUGACAGGAAAGGUAUGGAAUCUCUUUUGAUUAAAUCAAAAUGUCAUUCUAUUAAUAGAUACAAUGCCUAGCUCUUGUAAAAAGUAUUAUUCUUGUAAGGUUUAUUCUAUUUAUGUUUUUUUACAUUAACUUUUAUGAUCAGUGACUCCAAACUGUUUAACAAAACUUUUAGUAUGUUUCACCAUGCACCAGUGUAUGUUAUAAUUGUACUUUUCUUUUCUUUUACUAUAAAAUCAGUUUUGUAACCUGUGAUGCUCAAAGACCUUAAAAAAAUACACAGGCUGAAACAUCAGAUAGAAUAAAAAACACAUUUAUAUGAA